AUGGUCCGCACAAAGACAACAGUCUGGACCGGUCUCAACUACGCAGCCGUUCAACCCGGCCUACCGAUCGGCGUAAUCGGCAUCGGCGGACUAGGCAUGUACGCACUGCAAUUCGCCGCAGGGCUCGGCCACCCGACCAUCGCAAUCGAUAACAGACAAGAGGGACUCGACCUCGCGGGCUCCCUCCCUUCCCAAUUCCAACCAACGGCUAUCAUCGACUCCAACGCCCCGGAUGCUCAGAACCAGGUCCUCCAAGCGGCCGGAGGCGGCGGCCUUGCCGGCGUGCUCGUCUGUACGGAUAAUGUAUCCGUGACGGAAUGGAUUCUGAAGCCGCUAUGCAUUCCGCUGGGUCUGCCGCCUGACGGGUUCAAGUUCUCGGCGUUUGAUGUGGUGUUCAAGGAAUUGACGAUCCGGGGGAGUUUGGUUGCGAAUCGUAGGUUGGUGUCGGAUAUGAUGCGGUUUGUGGCGGAGAAGGGUGUCAGGGCUCAUGUUAGUACGGUGCGGUUGGAUGAUGCGGAGGAUUUGCCGCAAAGGUAUAGCGAUCCCCAUUUGAAGGGAAGGCUGGUCGUUGUUAUGUAG